AUGGCUUCGAUUUUUUGUGCUGUUUCAUUUGUCAAAAAUGUUUCCAAUGCAAAUAAAUAUACUUCUGGAACCGAUCCAGCAAUAACAGAAAAUGGACAAGGUAUCUUUAGAUUAAAACAAGAUAUCUAUAACGGUGUUACUGUUGCUGGAGAGCUCAUUCCACUCAUGAAAUCGUCUUUUAUACUGUGUGAAGCAGUUGAAUGGAAUUACCCUACUUCAUAUAAUAUACAACAAAAUUCUAUUAACAAUCAACAAACAAAUAAUACUAAUAAGCGCCAAAGAUUAGAAGAUCUAGAAUGUAUUGCCGAAAAAUUCAACACACACUCUCCUUCUACCCACAAAAAACCUACCCAACCAACUCAACAUAAUAUUAUAGGUCAUGGAAAUCCUUCUACUUUAACCUCUCAAGAAUACCUUAAUAAUGAAUUACCCAACGAUAAAAACAAAUCCACAAGCUUUGAAAAUAACUCGAACAUCGAUGACUGUUUUCCUUCUACAAGUAACAAUCCCUAUCCUUAA